AUCCAUAAUUAACCAUGAAGCUUUAGUGCGAUAAAAAGCGGCCGGAAUGCUCCCAGUGCAUUCGCGUGGGCAAAAAAUGUCCGGGAUACCGAGACCAAUUAUCUCUCAUGUUUCGAGAUGAGAGUAGCAAGGUUAUACAAAAAGCACACGCUCAAUGGGGCUCUUCCGGCUCACCUACUGACCCGAGCGGAGGCCCGGCUUCGGCAUCAACUUCGGCCUCGGCUGCUUCAAUAUGGACAAACGAGUCGCCAGGCGCGUCUUCGGAUAGUCAAACUGCGAGUUCUCCUAUAACGCCGCGCGAGGUUGCUCCGACCAGGAUAGCCAAGAAAGUGGAUAUGAAUAUGGAACAACGUGGAUUACAAUUCUACAUAAAUCGCUAUCUCAUGAAUCAUCCGGAUUCCCCAAAGACGCGCGAUCAAGUGGCUGCUUACUUUUCGAGCGCCGAUGCGGCCCAGAACGUCAUGAUAGCUGUAGGUCUUGCAGGGAUGUCAAACCUGCUGGGGAACAAAGACAUGAACCUGGUUGCACGUUCUAAAUAUGUUGCAGCUUUGAAGCAGACUGGGCAAUUGAUCGCUAAUAACGAUCCUGCUGGUCUUGUAGCCCGUAUUCGGAGCGUCGUAUCGCUUGCUUUAUUCGAGGUCGUCCAAGGUAGAGGACCUAAAGUAACCGUGGGUUCAGCUAAUACGCAUAUUAAUGGCGCAGUGGCUGUACUACGAUCCGUGCUGCCACUUCCGCAGGCCCCUAAUAGGGGCGCGCACGGUGUGUUGCAAUUAUUAUUUUCAAUGUUUAUCCCCUAUCAAAUGACAGAUACACCCCUUCCGGCCGGAUUCUUCGAGACUCUUAAAUUUUGCAAGCAGUUGAUGCAGGGUGUUCUCGAGGUUUGUUCUGUUGAUUUAGCGCUUGCAAUUGCCCGAUAUCUCCAACUGUCGGCGACAGCUGAACAUACGGUACUUACCGACGGGCGUCCCACUACGGAUGGUCUGAUACAACAAUUUGUUGUAUUGGAGAAUGCUUUUGAUCGCUUAGAAGGUCGGCUAUUAGAAGCAUUCCCCUUCACGCAGAAUCAAGGGGAAUACCCACCAGAAGCGGUUUUCCGCGGAAAGUGGCAUAAAUACAACGGGGUUUGGAGUGGUCGAAUAUGGAAUCAUUACCGAUGGGCUCGGAUCCUCACAAACCAAAAGCUUGUCAAGCUUUUCGCCGAUUGCCCCAUUUCAAGCAACAAGACCGUGCCCGUGGCUCAGAGAACAAAAUGCUACGCUACCAUCGAACGGCUAGCCGAGGACAUCCUUAUAAGCACACCAUCACAUUGGCAUCAUCCAAUGCUAGAUCCCGAGACUACUCGAGCGUUUGAGCCGGGUGGAUUUGGUAAUUCUGGAGCCGUAGGGCUUCCUAGCCACCUGUGGCAUCUCUGUACUGCAGGAUGUGCACCCAACGUACCCCCGGAGUUUUGGGAUUGGGCUUACAAUGUGCUGCAAGUAAUCUGGAGGCAGAUGGGCAUGCAACAUGCUCUAGCAUUGUCCGAAGUCAUGGUUGAGCAACGAAAUAAAUUGACCAGGGAGACUAUCCAGACAGAGUUAAAGAUCGAAGACGAGGAUUAGGGUGAACAAAAGCAUACGAAUUGAACAUUUUAGAAUACUGAUACCAGGCAGUAUAUAUGGGAAGGCGUUCGCAGGCGUGGCCGGACCGGGAACCACUGGUUUGAGUGAUACAUUAUGGGCAUAUUUCAAGGUUAGGUAUAUAAGGGAAUUGCAUUUUCAGGUUAUUGGUGAGACCAAAGUUCAAAACACAAGGACUUAUUUCGAUCUAUAUGAUACAGGCCACGGUGUACCUAUAUUUGAAAGGAAUUCUCGGGGACAAUAGCCCAGUUGAAGCCCGGAGUUGGUCAAUAAAUCAUACUAGCCAAAAAUCCACGCCUGAAAAUAUUGCGAUAUAGAUGAUGGUCUUUAUUUAAACUCCACCGUCGCGGUAUUGGAGGUGUAAGUUGAAUUGCAUUGUUUUAGUCAUGAUAAGGGAUCAUAUAAAUGGACGAAAUUCUCGGAAUUCGGCUUAAGGGAAUUUCGUUAGCUCAUAUGAUCCAUAUAUUUCAUAUUGAUAAGUGAUUUGAAAGAACAAUCUGUUUUCGUCAAGACAUGGAUUUCUUUACUCUGACGACUCUAAAUAUAUCUGGGCAAUCUUAGAACCAGUAGAUAAAUUUAGAUGG